GCGACUGCUGCCUGGGAGGGAGGCCGGGCAGGCUGCGGAGCGGUGUGGCGCGGCGCGGCUCUCAACCUGACGGGGAGGUGGCGCGGGUGGCAGUGGCAGACUGCCCCGGGGCGGACGGACCGACGGACCACGGAGACGGUGGUCGGGAGCCCAGUCGGGCGACGUAGAGAGCAAGCGGGUCAGGCUCAGCGUCGGCCACUCGUAGGUCCGCUGAAUGAAGUGCCCCCCCUGCUGAGCCCCGAGCCCGGCGCUUUCCCCGCAAGAUGGACGGUUUCGCCGGCAGCCUCGAGGGAGGAGACUUGACUGUUCAGAAUUUCCUUGGAAAUGCCUGCACAUUAUAAUCUCCUGUGGAGCCAAAUUCCUUCUAAAUCUUGAUGAGCAAGCUCUUGAUUACUGAGUCAAGAUAUUAUUUUCUUGUAGUUUUUUCGUACAGUCUUUGUUUGGCUGGUCACCAUAUUGAAAGCUUCAGAUGAUGAUAGUAUUUCUGCUGCAAGUACUUCUGAUGUUCAAGAUCGCCUCUCAGCUCUUGAAUUACGAGUUCAACAACAAGAAGAUGAAAUCACUGUGCUGAAGGCAGCUUUGGCUGAUGUUUUGAGGCGUCUUGCAAUCUCUGAAGAUCAUGUGGCCUCAGUGAAAAAAUCAGUUCCAAGUAAAGGCCAGCCAGGCCUUCGAGAAGCUAUUUCCAUGUCCUGUAUAACCAAUGGCAGUGGUGGAAACAGAAAACAAAGUCACACCAGUUCUGUCUCAAUUGCAAGAAAAGAAACCCUUUCAUCUGCAGCCAAAAGUGGUACAGAAAAAAAGAAAGAAAAACCACAAGGACAGAGGGAAAAAAAAGAGGAAUGUCAUUCUAAUGAUCAAAGUCCACAAAUUCGAGCAUCACCUUCUCCCCAGCCCUCUUCACAGCCUCUCCAAAUACACAGACAAACUCAAGAAAGCAAGAAUUCUACUCCCACCAAAAGCAUAAAACGACCACCAACAACUGAAAAGUCACAUAAUUCGUGGGAAAAUUCAGAUGAUAGUCGUAAUAAAUUAUUGAGGGCAGCUUCGACAUCAAAAUUAAUAUCAAAAGUUAUUAAAAAUGCAGACAAGCAUAAAGAUGUCAUCAUCAACCAAGAAGGAGAGUAUAUUAAAAUGUUUAUGCGAGGUCGGCCAAUCACAAUGUUCAUUCCUUCUGAUGUUGACAACUAUGACGACAUCAGAACAGAACUGCCACCUGAGAAGCUUAAACUGGAGUGGGUAUAUGGUUAUCGAGGAAAGGACUGUCGGGCUAAUGUUUACCUCCUUCCAACUGGGGAAAUAGUUUAUUUCAUAGCCUCAGUAGUAGUACUAUUUAAUUACGAAGAGAGAACUCAACGACAUUACCUGGGCCAUACAGACUGCGUGAAAUGCCUUGCUAUACAUCCUGACAAAAUUAGGAUUGCAACUGGACAGAUAGCUGGAGUGGAUAAAGACGGAAGGCCUCUGCAACCCCAUGUCAGAGUGUGGGAUUCAGUUAGUCUAUCCACACUGCAAAUUAUUGGACUUGGAACUUUUGAGCGUGGUGUAGGAUGCCUGGAUUUUUCAAAAGCAGAUUCUGGUGUUCAUUUAUGUGUUAUUGAUGACUCCAAUGAGCACAUGCUUACUGUAUGGGACUGGCAGAAAAAAUCAAAAGGAGCAGAAAUAAAGACAACAAAUGAAGUUGUUUUGGCCGUGGAGUUUCACCCAACAGACGCAAAUAUCAUAAUAACAUGUGGUAAAUCUCACAUUUUUUUCUGGACCUGGAGUGGCAAUUCCCUAACAAGAAAACAGGGAAUCUUUGGGAAAUAUGAAAAACCAAAAUUUGUGCAGUGUUUAGCAUUCUUGGGAAAUGGAGAUGUUCUUACUGGAGACUCAGGUGGUGUCACACUUAUAUGGAGCAAAACUACUGUAGAACCCACACCUGGGAAAGGGCCUAAAGGUGUGUAUCAAAUCAGCAAACAAAUCAAAGCUCAUGAUGGCAGUGUGUUCACACUUUGUCAGAUGAGAAAUGGGAUGUUAUUAACUGGAGGAGGGAAAGAUAGAAAAAUAAUUCUUUGGGAUCAUGAUCUGAAUCCUGAAAGAGAAAUAGAGGUUCCUGAUCAAUAUGGAACAAUCAGAGCUGUAGCAGAAGGAAAGGCAGACCAAUUUUUAGUAGGCACAUCACGAAACUUUAUUUUACGGGGAACUUUUAAUGAUGGCUUCCAAAUAGAAGUACAGGGUCAUACAGAUGAGCUUUGGGGUCUUGCCACGCAUCCUUUCAAAGAUUUACUUUUGACAUGUGCCCAGGACAGGCAGGUGUGCAUGUGGAACUCAGUGGAACACAGGCUGGAGUGGACCAGGCUCGUAGAUGAACCAGGACACUGUGCAGAUUUUCAUCCAAGUGGCACAGUGGUGGCCAUAGGAACGCACUCAGGCAGGUGGUUUGUUCUGGAUGCAGAAACCAGAGAUCUAGUUUCUAUCCACACAGAUGGGAAUGAGCAGCUCUCUGUGAUGCGCUACUCAGUAGAUGGCACCUUCCUGGCUGUAGGAUCUCAUGACAACUUUAUUUACCUCUAUGUAGUCUCAGAAAAUGGAAGAAAAUAUAGCAGAUAUGGAAAGUGCACUGGACAUUCCAGCUAUAUCACACACCUUGACUGGUCCCCGGACAACAACUAUAUAAUGUCUAACUCGGGAGACUAUGAGAUACUGUACUGGGACAUUUCACAUGGCUGCAAACUAAUCAGGAAUCGAUCCGGUUGUAAGGACAUCGAUUGGACGACAUACACCUGUGUACUAGGUUUUCAUGUCUUUGGUGUCUGGCCGGAAGGAUCCGAUGGAACAGAUAUCAAUGCUCUGGUGCGAUCCCACAAUAGAAAGGUGAUAGCUGUUGCUGAUGACUUUUGCAAAGUUCAUCUAUUUCAGUAUCCCUGCUCCAAACCAAAGGCUCCCAGUCAUAAGUUCAGUGCCCACAGCAGCCACGUCACCAAUGUCAGUUUUACUCACAAUGACAGUCAUCUGGUUUCAACUGGUGGAAAAGACAUGAGCAUCAUUCAGUGGAAACUUGUGGAAAAAUUAUCUUUGCCUCAGAAUGAGAUUGUAGCAGAUACUACUAUAACCAAAGCACCCAUCUCUUCUAUUGAAAGCAUCUUGCAAUCUAAUACUCCCACACCACCUCCUUCUCAUCCCUUAAAUGAGACAGCUGAAGAAGAAAGUAGAAGAAGCAGUUCUCCCACACUUCGGGAGAAUAGCUUGGAGCAGACUGUGGGGCCAAGCGAAGACCCCACUGAGGAGCAGAGUGAAGGUGGCAGUGAAGACCUUGGUGAGCCUCCUUAUGAAGAGCCUUCCAAGGAGACAAACAAGGUGCACAGUGAAGCCACUCUGACCGAGGACCGGCAAGGACAACUCUCCCCUAUCCUAACACCAUGACUUCAGUGAGACUCUGAGCUCCUUCAGCUGCAUGCUUUUUUGUGAUAGAGUUCAGAGAAGAGGAUGGGAAGUGAUGGAGAGUCACCCAUUGAUGGAGAGUGGGGUUUCCACAUAAUCUGUUUUCUUCAAUAGUCUUAUUUUCAGUCUCUCAAAUGCAGCUGACCUAAAAGUUCAGUUUGGUAUGCAUUGAAAAUUUAUAUUGAUUUUUUCAAUUACCCCCUCAUUAUCUGAACAUGUCUUCUUCAGGAACAAUCAGACUUACCAGAAACACUGUUUCUCAUCUACUGGUUCAGACUUUGCUUUUUUUUGGCCUGAUGCAGAAAAGAAACUAGGGGGAACAAUGCUUAUUGAAAUAUCCUUCUACUCCAAAUGUGUAAGGGAAAUGUUUUAAUUAAGAAAAACUUCAGUAAUGCCAUGUGCAAUGAUGUUGCCUUCUUGAAUAAUAAUGCCAUUUUCUCACAGUACUGGUAAAUGUCCAGAUGUGCUUGUUAGUCUACUAUAUAGGUGCUGCCUUUUCUAAAAAGUCAUAAUGAGGAACAGUCCCUUAAUUUCUUGCAUGCAAAUCUGUUUAAAUCUGAAACUAAGAAAGCAUUGGUUUGUUAAAGAGCUUUUAAUGUAUAUUAAACCAUUGAUACUCAGAAAUAAUGGAUACCUCCAAGGAUUCCUUUAGUGGCCUAAGCAUUUUUUUAAUGUUUGGCAUUCAAGUGAAUGGAAAGGAAAGAGACCACAUGCCUGUAAAGCUAAGCUGUAAUAAUAACCUGGCUAAUUUUACCUUAGCCUUCAUCAUAAUUUGUUCCCUCAAUAGAAGAAAUAUAAAUACAGUAAGCUUAAGUGACUGAAUUGGUGCUUGAAAUUCAUUGGUUUAUAGUUUUUAUACAGUUUAAUUAUAUGGAGGAAUAACAUACUCAACAAAUUGCAAUUCUUUUUUACAGAUGUGUAAAUAACAGUGACAGUAAUUUUUUAUAAAUUGCAUACUUAACAGAUGAUGUAUAUGGUAAUUUUUCUCAUAGAGUUGCUAUAAGCUUUGCAAUUCUAAUGGGGCUACCCUCUGCUCUUUGGGGCAAUGCAUGUGUUACUAUGCAUUGGAAAGUUGCUUUUUUAGGUUUUGUCAGACAACUGUAUUUUUCUCAAGUACAUGUUUCCUACUCUAAAAGUAAUUACUGGCAAGUAUGCAUUUCCUAAAUAUUUGUUUAUACUUUGAUUAUAAAAAAGCUUUUUGUUUUGAUUUUUUUUUUUACUUGCUGCCUUGUUUUGAUUUUGUGGGGAGGGGGUCUGCUCAUGUUUAGAAACUUUGGAUGUGUUCAGAAGUCUUAAGUAUGCAAGCAUUUUACGUGAUUGUGCCAUUCCAAAGUGCAUCAGAACUGUCAUUCCCUUCUAGUAUCUUCUCAGGAGUAAUGCAAAUCAGGUAUUUCACCAUCAUUUGGUAAUAUAAAAACUCCAGUGAACUGCCAAGGACACUUAUAACAUUUAUAUUCCCAUGCUGUAUGUCAGGGUGUGGGUAUGUGUGAAGGUGUGUGUGUCAACACUCUGUGUUUAUGUGUAUUUCUAUAUAUGAAGAUAUGCACCACACUGAAAAUACUCAGUGUGUAUCUCUAUGUGUAUAGAUACAUGUCCACGUAUAUCUUUCCUUUUGUUUACAACUAUUAAAAAAAAAAACACCUCAAUGUAGUUCUCUUGGAUAUAGAUUCCAAGCAACCCAUGUUUUUUUUAGUAUGCUCUGUACAUAGUUACCAGAGAACACCAGUAUCAGGUUUCUGUAUUUGCCUAUUAGCAAUGAUGAUUUAUAUCAUCAGGUCAGCAUGUGCUGUUCCCUGCAAGAAAAAUACCACAGGAUGAAAAAGUAGGUUUAGGAGAAGGAUAAAGCAUUUCUUUUAAGUACCUGGGGGAAACAGUCUCCAUGGUAAGCAGGGAGUUUAUUUUGAGGGACAUCCAUCACCUUGGGGGUUGCCAUGUACAGUGAGACUUAUAAUCACAAUACUCUUGGGUGGUAGUUUCAAAAGACACUACUAAUUCAUAGCAUCCCAGCUAUCUGCUGCUGGCAACUACUGUUUAAUGGUCAAUUAAAUCUGUGAUAAUGGUUGGACAUGGGUGGGAUUAUGAAAUUGUUAGAUGUUUAUAGAAAAACUUGUGAAUGAAAAUGAAUCCAAGUGUUUCAUGUGAAGAUGUUGAGCCAUUUCUAUCAUGCAUUCCUGUCUCAUGGCAGAAAAUUUUGAAGAUUAAAAAAUAAAAUAAUCAAAAUGUUU